AUGAUCAAGGGUUUCAAAAUGGUAUCUUUAGCUGUUCCCACCGACCUUCAGCCUCUCUUCCCAGACGAUACCAGUGGCGAACACCUUCCUCUACGAACUACGGGGCUUUGGUAUCCCGAGAUCCCUCCCUCAUCCUACCAUCUCCACGAUGAUGUAUUCGCCGGACGAAACAUAUCUCUCCAUGACUACCGCCCACUUGUGCAUGUCAUGUUUGGCGGAAGACGGGGCAGUCUCCUUAAAUACCUAACCCGCAUCUCAGUUACAGUGUCCAAUGCAGCAAUCGUUGGGAUAGACUUCUUCUACACAGAUGAUUCUCCCCUAGCGGGGAUGACUCUGUCAAAAUCCCCUUCAUCAUCGAUGGACCAGGAGGUGAGCGGUUAA